AAUUAUCCCAAUUUUACUUAACACAUGGCAUUUUCCCAACCAAGUUUUUGGUCUUUGUCAGUGGAAGCUUGGAUAAGCCUCCAGAAGUCUCCCAAAAGCCUCAUUUGGUUUUCCUAUGCCUUCCUCUUCCACCUCCAUCCUUUUCUUCCUCCUUUCUCCAACCAAGGUUAAGGUGUUUUUGUUAGAUCGGUAGAUCGAGGUAGCAGCAUCUCGGUUUAGGAGCUUUUGGCACGGGACUCGCAUGCUCGUUGUAUGUGCAAGCUAGGGCCUCGUGUUUUCGAUAAGGAGGCAGAUCGAUGUGUUACCAAAACCAUGACUCAGCUUUUGUUUUUUGAAAAGCUUUGAAGAAGAAUUUGCCUCGUAUAAUUUUUGUGUAAAUUAGCUUUCUGAAAAAAAAACCUUUAAAUUAAUUAUAAAUGAGUUU